AGAUCUUAUACUAGUUCGUGCAUCAAGUUUUGAAAUUGAAAAAACAAGACCGACCAUGGGGCCACCACUCCCCAGCGCCGAGCGGUGCGCAUUUGUGGAGUACGGGGCUAUCUAGCCCGAGUGUUUUUAGCCUUGUGAAGAAGAGACCUGGCUGGAGCGAGCAAGUGAGAGCGCGUUGUAGUCUAGUCCCGUUUUCUGCUGUGUGAGAUCAUACAAACGUACGAGCGGGCGAGCGUUCGCAAUCUGUCGGUUUAUGGGUUGGGUGGAUGGUAGGAUGGGUUGUCGGUAGUUUUCUAUCGGUUGUCUGGUUGUAUUUUCUGUCUGAGUGGGUCGCAGUCCUUCAUAUGCCUAGAAUUCUGUGGAGUGCGGUGGUCGGUUUGGGAUGUUUCUUGGGUCUUCUGUGGCAUCACGGGUGGUUAUGGUUGGGUGGUUAGAUAGGGUUGUGGCGUCAAGGGCUAGUUGUGUGUUCUGUGUUGGGGGGGGUGUGUCUUGUGUGUGUUCACUGUGUUCUGUUGUUGGGGGGGGGUGUCUUGUGUGUGUUCUGCUGUUGGGGGGGUGUCUUGUGUGUGUUCUGUUCUUGGGGGUCCUGUGU